CUGUACUCUUACAAUUUGCCUUGUAUUAACCUCAAUAUCCUAGCUAAGACUCCUCCAAUUAAAGUGUAAGUAUUGAUCCCACACGAGAACAACAUUUGCAAUUAAUUAUCUGCAAUUACCUUUUUGGAUAUGCACUCCAACAGCAAAUGGAUACAGGGAAAGAGGUUCUGUCAUUACCACUUUUUUCCCAUUAAUUAAUUAAAGUAUAAACUAAAAUUGUGGUAAUCUCAAACAAAUUGUGGUAAUCUCAAGUGAGAUUGCUAGAUUGUACAACUUUCUUUGCUUAAAAGCAAGCUGUAUAUGACUAUCUUAAGGUAUGCAUGCAUGCAUCCUGAUAUUAUAAAAGGGUCUCUUCCAUCGGGGAAUUAGACAGAUCGAACGAUGUUUGGAUUGAAAAUAGUUAUCCUCCUGAUCGUAGUAGUAGUAUGGACAGAAAGAGUGACGUCGACAUACUCUGGCAUUGGUGGUGUCAAGGCCAUGGGGGAGCAGCAGAUGGAGAAUGAGAUCAGUUAUAUUCAUAGUCAAGCUGCAGGGACAUUUGAGGAGGAGGAACAGAAGAUAGGGGAUGGCGGUGGAAGCUGGACAAUGGUGCAGAGGAAAGGAAAACAGUUUGUGUUGAAUGGCGGGGGACAACCUUUCUACAUUAAUGGGUUUAACACUUAUUGGCUGAUGGUAUUUGCAGCUGAUUUAUCCACUAGAGGGAAGAUCAGUGAGACAUUUCAGCAGGCAUCUUCUUUGGGUCUAACCGUAUGUAGGACUUGGGCUUUCAAUGAUGGACAAUGGAGGGCUCUUCAGAAAUCACCAUCUGUUUAUGAUGAACAAGUCUUCCAAGCAUUAGAUUUUGUAGUGAAUGAAGCAAAAAAAUAUAAGAUAAGGCUGAUAUUGUCAUUAGUCAACAACUGGGAAGCAUAUGGGGGGAAAGCACAAUAUGUUAAAUGGGGUAGAGAGAUUGGUGGCCUUAAUAAUUUAACUUCAGAUGACGAUUUCUUCUCACAUCCAACACUCAAAGCCUACUACAAAUCCCAUGUCAAGACGGUUCUUAAUAGAGUGAAUUCAGUGAAUAACAUCACUUAUAAAGAUGAUCCUACAAUCUUCGCUUGGGAACUAAUGAAUGAGGCACGCUGUACCUCAGACCCCUCUGGAGAUAAACUACAGGCAUGGAUAGAAGAAAUGGCAGUAUAUGUGAAAAGUAUUGAUCCAAAACACUUGGUUGAGAUCGGAGUUGAAGGGUUCUAUGGUCUUACAAAUCCCAACAGGGCUGAUCAGGUCAACCCAAAUGCAUACGCUAAACAAGUUGGAACAGACUUCAUAAGGAACCACCAGGUUCUUGGCAUUGAUUUUGCCUCGGUUCAUAUUUAUUCCGACUCUUGGAUUUCUCAAUCAAUUAGUGAUGAACACCUCCGGUUCGUCAAAUCAUGGAUGCAAAGUCACAUUGAGGAUGCAGAGAAUCUCCUCGGGGGAAUGCCAGUGGUGUUCAGUGAGUUUGGAAUAUCGAGAAAGGAUGUUGGUUACAACUCCUCUUUCAGAGACACUUUUUUGAGCACUGUUUAUAAGAACAUCUUGGAUUCUGCAAAGGCCGGAGGCCCUGGGGCUGGGGCUCUUCUUUGGCAGCUCUUCCCGGAGGGUACAGACUACAUGGAUGAUGGCUAUGCGAUCAUCCCUUCUGCCUCUCAAUCUGUCUCAAAUGUCAUCUCUCUUCAUUCAACAAAGCUCAACACCUUCAAUUCUUUUUGUUCCUGGAAAUGCCAUUGGGGCUGCAGGAAGAAGAAGAACAACAACAACUUCAUGCCUUUUCCCAAUAAUAUUGCUGUUGAUGAACAUGAGUUUUAAUUCAUUCAAGUAGACUGCAUCUAAUUGAACAAGAUCAAGAAGACAUGCUUAUAUUAUGUCAAGUCUAAUAAUACAUUUGGCUUAAAUCCAAAUCCAAAGUUUUACAUAAAAGCAAUCAGAAUUCCUUACUUAGCUUUCUCAACU